AUGAAAGUUGACAACGAGAAGGUUGUGCCCUCUGAGCCGAGUGAGGCUCUGCCCUUCCUUGAAAAAACAAACAAUUUGAAAAGCUCUCCCGAGGAUGUAUCGGAAGAGAAAGAUGUCAGUGGAGGAGAGACUUCCUGCGGAUUCUGGCUAUUCAAGGGUCCCUCCAUGCAGAGAUUCGCAACUGAGAAAAUGUAUGUGAUUCUGUAUGGAAUUGCUGGCUGUGUGAUGACAAUGACCUUCGCCUACUUCAAUGGAACGAUUACAACCUUGGAGAAGCGCUAUAAAAUACCCACAAAGAUAUCCGGCAUUAUCUCGGUGGGCAAUGAUAUCAGCACCAUGUUAACGGCCGCCCUCUUGGGCUAUUAUGCGGGAAAUGGGCAUCGACCCCGCUGGAUGGGAAUAGGUCUACUGACCAUUGUCGCCUUUUGCCUGCUGACAAGUUCGCUGCACUUUAUUUACGGUGCCGGCGAGGAUGCCCUGAAGUUGACACGGGAAUAUGGACAAAUCAAUGAGACUCUGGCCAGGCAGGAGAAGGAUCAGAAGCUGUGUCAGUCAAGUGCCGCUGGUUGUAUCCAGGAGGAAAUUGGUCAGUGGGUUCCCCAGGUGUUCCUGUUCGCGGCUCAACUUAUCUCUGGAGUGGGACAGGCCCUCUUCUACACUUUGGGCAUUGCAUACAUGGAUGACAAUGGCACCAAGUCCAAGACUCCUGCCAUGUUGAGUUUAUCCACAUUCUUAAGGAUGCUGGGUCCAGCCAUAGGCUAUUCCCUUGCUGCUCUCUGCCUGCGUCUCUACAUAGAACCCACAUUGGAACCUCUGAUUGGCAGGGAGGAUCCCCGAUGGAUGGGCGCCUGGUGGCUUGGCUGGAUUGUACUGGCCGCAAUGAGCCUGGUUUCUGCCAUUUUCCUGUUUAUGUUUCCCAAAGAGCUGCCCAGUUCGAGAAGGCGAAGGCUCCAGUUAGGACAGGCCGAAGGCAAACACGAAAUAAAUCUCAAGGAGCGCUCUUUCAGUGACAUGAUGCAGACGGUCAGGAAGUUGAGCAAAAACAAGGUGUAUGUGUACAACACCAUGGCUUCCAUAUUGUACUUCUUUGGCUACAUGGCCUACUGGAUAUUUACUCCAAAGUACAUUGAGACCCAGUACAGACAAUCGGCGGCCAUGGCCACCAUGGCCACAGGAACAGUAGCCCUCGGAUUCUCGGCCGCCGGAGUCCUCAUCUCUGGGUACGUGAUCUCGAAGUACAGGCCAAGUGCCAGGGCAAUGGCCUCCUGGAAUGCCAUUGUGGACUUUGUUACGGUGGCCGGAAUCCUCUGCUAUGUGGCCAUAGGAUGCGAGAGUAGUGAUAGAUUGAACUCGCUGACCACCUUGUCGGCUGAGAAUAGCUGCAGUGCAUCCUGUCACUGCGAUUAUGUUCACUAUGCUCCGGUUUGCAGUCCCGAGAACAUCACCUACAUCUCUGCCUGCCAUGCGGGCUGCACCGGGAGGACGAAGGAUGCACUGGGAAAAACUAUUUUCACAGGCUGCAAAUGCAUGGGAUCAUCCAGCUUAGAAAAUGGCAUGGAGUCCCAAUUCGCUGUGGAUGGUACCUGUCCUGUGGACUGCUUCAAUCAGUUCCUUGUUUUCCUGGGCGUCAUGUGCUUCCUGAAGCUGGUGGGCGCUUCUAGCAAAUCCACCAAUCUGCUCCUCGCCCUGCGCUGCAUUCCCCAAGAGGAUAAGACCUUCGGUUUGGGUUUGGGUUCCAUGGUAGCCUCGCUACUUGGCUUUAUCCCAAGUCCCAUAUUUUUCGGCUGGCUAAUUGAUAACUAUUGCUUGGUGUGGGGCAAGACCUGCUCCAACAAGGGAAACUGCUGGCUCUAUGAUACGGAAUCUCUGCGUUACGCCUUGAAUCUCACAGCUGCUUCUUUUAUUUUUGUCGGCGGCUUUCUAAACAUCGCAGUUUGGCAUCACGCCAAGGAUCUGAAGAUAUUUGACGAGGAGGACCAGACCGCAGGAGAAGUGGAAAUGGAAAAACUUGAUGAUGCCAAGUCUCUCGAGAACAAAUGAGUUAUGUAAACAUAUA